GGCUGAGAGGGUGAAUGUGGAGGCUGGGCUGGAUUUCUGCUCUUCCCUGGGCAGUGGAGUGUCCGGUGCACUUUGAUCCCCGGAGGGAGGCUUGGCAGAGGCAGCUGGCACUCUGCCCAAGCUGGGAACGGGCUCCACAGCACGCCUCGCUGCGUUCCCAGUGGAGAGAGGGUGGGAGUGUGAGUCAGGAUGAGGCCUCUGCUCUGGGCUGCCUGCAGCCAGCUGCUGCCCCGGGGAGCUGGGCUCUGCGCUCCCAAGCCAGCUGUGACCACUGUGGUGGCCGCAUCACACCACAGCCUCUGGCCUCCGGCUCUCCUGGCCACCUCCAGCUCCCCAGCCAGUGUGUCUGCAGGGCUCCUCCAGCCCCUGGCCCCAGGGAGCAGAGCCCCCAGCUGCUGGAGCUCGCAGUUCAACGUGCCCCCCAGUGCCCUGCUCGUGGCCCGGCCUGCGGGGGUCUGCUCCAUGAUGAGGCUUCCCAUGCAGGCGUCCGCGGAGGGACUGGACGUAGCGUUUGUCGGUGUCCCGCUGGACAUAGGCACGUCCAACCGCCCGGGAGCCAGGUUCGGCCCGCGUCAGAUCCGCGCCGAGUCGGCCAUGGUGAGGAGGUACAACGGCAGCACCGGCGCGGCGCCCUUCGACUCCCUGCGGGUGGCCGACAUCGGGGACGUGAACGUGAACCUCUACAACCUGCCCGACAGCUGCCGCCUCAUCCGGGAGGCCUACCAGCAGAUCGUGGCCUCCAGCUGCGUGCCCCUCACCAUGGGUGGAGAUCACACCAUAACAUACCCAAUCCUGCAGGCCCUGGCGGCAAAGCACGGUCCCGUGGGACUGGUGCACGUGGAUGCCCACACCGACACCGGGGACACGGCUCUGGGCGAGAGGCUCUACCACGGGAGCCCGUUCCGGCGCGGUGUGGAGGAAGGGCUGCUGGACUGCGGCCGCGUGGUGCAGAUCGGCAUCCGAGGCUCCUCCUAUGAUCCCGAUCCCCACAAGUACUGCCGGGAACAGGGUUUCCGCCUGGUCCCAGCUGAGGAGUGCUGGAUGAAGUCCCUGGAGCCGCUGAUGAGGGAGGUGAGGGCGCAGAUGGGGGACAAGCCAGUGUACAUCAGCUUCGAUAUCGAUGCGCUGGACCCCGCCUACGCCCCGGGCACCGGCACGCCGGAGAUCGCCGGGCUCACACCUGCGCAGGCUUUGGAGAUUAUUCGUGGCUGCAAAGGCCUGAACAUAGUGGGGUGUGAUCUUGUGGAAGUCGCACCAAUAUACGAUGUCUCUGGCAAUACAGCUCUCCUGGGGGCAAACCUACUGUUUGAGAUGCUGUGUGUCCUCCCAGGAGUGAAGACACUGUGAGGGCAGUUCCCACCUGCCCUGGGGCAAUGCUUCUCCGUGUCCUCAGCCAGGCUUUCCAUGUCCCCUUCCCUUCAGGCAGCUGCAGCCAGCAUGGGCUUUGCAGCAUGA